GAAAUGUUUGUAAGGUGUUUAGCAAUGUAUAUUAUUCUGACACAUCCCAAUUCUCGUAAGUUUAUUGAUCAGUGUAUGCAGGGAACAUCGAUACAUUCACGAGACUUGAGCAGUUGACUUUUGAGAACACCCCAUACCUGACAGAGAGCUCGUAUUCCAUUUGUAUACUUUGAUUCCGACAUGCGAUUAUGCGUUCAAGCUGCUUAUAUCUGCUGCAGGCACCAUAGGAAUAAAAUGACUAUAAACUGGUCUUCUUCACUCGACAGCUAGGCUUGGAGCUCGAAGUGUUUGUGAAAUUUUAUUGUUGUGUAUUAUUAUAAUUUAUUUCCCAGUAUCUAGCGAGGGAGUUAAAAUUGCAGCAUUCAGUUCUUUAAGGUAAAUGAUGAAAGAUCAUUUUUUUUGCUUGCUCUGAAACCAGUCUGAGUAUGAAGAAUGUUUUGAUAAUAAGAUAGAGAAUGAGAAGCUAAGAGAACAUCGAAUUAAAAUAUAUGGUUCGUAUUUAUUGAUUCAUCGUUUACCGCGAGGAAGAUGGCGAGAGAGGAUGCAGCGUGCAAAAUAAACAUAUUUUAAGGGGAAAUUUAGUUGCUUUGAAAAAAAGAAAUAAGCAUUGUGAAAGCAUGUGCGGAUAUGAGUGCCAUGAACACCACUCAGGGAGGCAUUUCUGCCUGGGCGACGGAUGCCGAUUAUUAUGAAACGUGUAAUAAUUGGAAAUAUUGAUGUGUUGUGUCUGAUGAAGAAUGUACGAGGCUCAAAUCGGAGAGAAGGAAGUGUGGUAGAAGCGCCGCUUUAACCCAGAUCAAUAACUCGGCAUUUUCUGAUUUUGAUCGUCAAUAAAGAGGGAUAUUUUGAUGUGUGGCUAUCGAAAACACGUUUCGACUGUCUUGGCUGAUACUGGAUUUUUUUCUUCCGAUGCGUAUUGUGGAGACGAAUUAAACAUAUGAAUUACACACGCCAGUGGAAUAGCUGUUCAUCUUCACCGCCAUGGAUUUGUGCGGGUUCGCCUGGAAGAAUAUUUAUUACGUUCCGCUACUUGUGGAGCUGAUGUUAUUGAAUGUCCUUCACCUCGCGGGGGGAGAAACACUUCAGAGAAGGGACUCAAGGAAAUAUCCAUUAUAUGUGCCAAUUACAGGCAAGUCCAACUCCACAGAAGAUGGGCAAGUGCCGUUCACCCCAAUAUCCAUACAAUCCUCUUUAGCCCUACAUUAUAUAGAUUCUGUGAUUAGAAAUCCAAGUAAAAUCUGCCUGUAUAAUAGGUCGAUGGUAAAGCUGGAUUCAUUUAAGUUAAAUAUUGUGAAUUCGUCUUUCUGCAGAUUGUAUAAGUCUCAUGCAAAACAGGUUGUGUGGAUAGCAAAAUCUCUGACUGGAUUACUUAUAGACCACAACAAUUCUAAAGUAGCAAAUUUGAUCAACUCUCAUAUGAAUUUUUUGUAUGAAAUUAUUAAAUGGACUUUAUUUGACAAUACUCAGAUAGCAGGAUGCGGUAUAGCUUUUGACAACGAUACAUUUCUGUACAUGGCCAAGUCAGAUUCUACAGGAUUUCAAGAUUUAUCCACCAAGUAUAACUUUACAGAUUCUGAGUUUUACUCAGUUCCUGCAAACAAAGAUUACACAGGGGUUUGGAACCGAAAUGAGACGUUUAGCAGAUUUAUUGUACCUCCCCUCGAUGUCAAGGAUGGUUACUGGACAGAUCCUUACUAUGACUGUAAGAAGUUAGAAAAGUGGAUUAUUACGUAUUCGGUGCCUUUCUUUCACCGACCAAGAGAAAAACCAGUUUUCAGCGGAGUUGUGAUGAUUGACAUUGACUUAAACCAAUCAGAUGUGAACCAGUGUGCACGUGACCAACAACUAUUUUCUGGAUCAAACAAAUGUUUACCAGAAACGACACAAUGUGUUCACAUACCUGAUAGGGGAUUAAUAGCAGGGAGUUAUAAAUGUGUGUGUCGAAAGGGAUUUUACUUCCCGGAUAAAAAUAGCACCAAGAAGUCUUUCCCAGGAUCCGAGCUAGAACAAGCUUUUUUAAAUUCCUGGUACAAUAAGACAAAUUUGUCCAGCUUGGAGUAUCAGUGUCUUCCUUGUCCACCGGGCUGUGAGAACUGUGUUGAUGACACACCAUGUAUGGCGGAAUAUAACGUGUUAUUACGCGGAAUACCACUUGGAAUUCAGAGUUUCUGCAUUACAGUAACAAUCGUGAUAGGUGUUGUUGUGUUACGACUGCGAAAAUCAAAGGUGAUGGUAGCGAGCAUGUGGAUUCUUCUGGAAAUGGUCCUUGUCGGUGCUGUGUUGUUAUAUUCCACGAUAAUUAUACAGUACUUCAAGCCGACAACGACCGUUUGCAUAAUGAUUCCCUGGUUUAGGGAAAUGGGGUUUGCAGUUGUAUACGGAUCACUCGUUUUAAAAGUAUACAGGCUUUUAUCCGAGUUCCAGUCUAGGAAAGCUCAUCGUGUGCACGUUAGAGACAAAGACCUACUUAAAUAUUUGUGUUGUGUUAUAAUAGUUGUGCUAGGGUAUAUGUCCGCAUGGACCACAGUGACCUAUGAUCAUAUUAACACAGGAGAAGUUAUAUUAGAAUAUGGUGUUACCAAAGACAAUUUAAAAUAUAUAGUGUGUAAAUCUGGUUGGUGGGAGUAUGUUGUAGAAAUAGCGGAGUUGCUGUUUUUAUUAUUUGGGAUCUAUUUGUGCUACCGUGUUCGGUCUGCACCAUCAGACUUUGCAGAGGGGACUUACAUAACGGCAGCUAUCUGUUACGAAGCCGUCAUUUCCAUUGUAUUCUAUGUUCUCAGACAUGUAUAUUGGACAGAUUUGCACCCCGACUAUUUGUUCCUUAUGUCCUUCGUUCGAUGCCAGCUUACAGUAACCAUUACUUUACUGCUAGUGUUCGGACCCAAGUUAUUAUACGCUCAUCGUCCACCUGAUCAUCAUAGGAAUCGGGCAUAUUCCUCUUCAGAUGUACAAGAGAACAUGUCUCCGGAGUCUAUGAAGCUAAAUGUAGGAAUUAGUUCAAAUGGAGACGUAGAUGUGGCGGAAAUCAGUCUGGCCGACAUGGAUCCAGAGGAUAUUCGAGCAGAGUUAAAAAGACUUUACACCCAGCUACAGGUAUACAAAACCAGAAUUAUGAGAAAAGACAAUCCCCAUAUUUCCAAGCGUCGGGGAGGCAGGAAACAAACACACAGAAGAUUCUCUAUACAGCCUUUCCACCUUAAGAGUCGUCACGAGCGCAGCUGUCCUGUUGAGCAUGAACACGAGAUUUCUAAGACACCAGAGGAGUCCACAAAUAGCGCGGAAAUGUCCAUAUUUGAACCUGGAAUCAAGGAGGAAAAUCAGGAAAAAGACAAAGAAAAUAAAAAAGAACACUGCACUGUUACUUUUAAAAUGAGAUAGACAACACUUAUAGAAAUUCUAAGUUAUGUGAAGAAUAUAAAAAAAGUUUUAAGUGAUGAAGGGACAAAAAGGCAAGGAUACCUGUUACAAGCCAGUGUUCUCGGAUAUGAUUCUGGUUCACGACCAAAGAGAUGGAGUUACCGGCAUAGAUUAAUUAAGUGGGGCCAGACUGAGAUUUAUGAUUCACAAGAAUUACGGCGACGAUGACGAUAUAGAUGUUACUUAUAUUCAUUCAUACAAUGACUUUAGUACAUUUCCUCACGUAAUGAAGUUUUUAAAUUUUAUCACUCCAGUACACAUGUUAUUAAAUGGAGUCAGCAAAUUUGAAAGAUAUUAAUGUUUUUGCCAAACUAGGGUGCCAUGAAAUAAGGGAACAAGAAGUGCUCAGAAGAUAGGAUUAAACAUUUCUUCAAUAUCUCGCUAAAAAUCUUAUUUUUGACAGUCCUGCAACAGAAGUUGUGUUGUCAAAUGAUUUUUUUUGUAUUCGUGACUUGAUUUUAUGCAUUUUUGUUCUGGUAGGGUUUGCUCAGAAUCUAGUCUAUGUCCAUAUAAGUCAUUAUCAAAUCAGUUCAGUCUUGUGAACAAAGUGUGCAGUUUCAUGUUGUGUGCACUUUUUGUGUUGUUGCACAGAAGGUUAUCUCUGAAUAGUACGGCACUCCGUGGGCAAUUACAUGUACAUUUCUUAAUUGACAUGUAGAAUGCAAAGAUGAAUUUGUAGUUCAUGCAACUUGCCAACAACAUUCUAUUGGAUAUAUUUUUUCUAUACUGUGGAAACGGGGCAAUUGGGCUGAUCAUAAACAAAUUUCAGAUAUCUUAAA